AAGCAUACGCCUUCGCCAUUUUCCAUAAGCACACGCCUUCGCCAUUGCCCAUGCUUCUCGACUGUGUUCCCCGAUAAAAGAUGCAGCUUUUUCAGUUUCUAUUGCUCCUUCUCGUUCUCCUUUUCUCUUUCCUAUCACAAGCAACAAUGACUAACAAUCCAUCUCAGUCGUUUCGGGCUUCCUUUCCUCCAGGGACGCCACCACCGAACCCAAUCGAAAUCAGUUCUCGUUACGAUAAAACGACCGGGCAGCAAAUUAUUCUCUGGAGAGAUAUCCAGCGAGUAUUUGAGAAUGCCAAGUACGUGCGGAACGGCUCCUUAGUGGUUUCGUUCUUGGCAGACGAAAAUUUCCAGGAAAUCCUGCCUGAGAGAAUUAGCCAUCACCCAGGGGUCAUUCUUGAAGUAGUGGUCGCGGACCAUGCGCAAAGGAACGAAUCCGCAGUUCCACUGGGGGCGGAUGAUGCCGCUGAGGACGCCAAGGAAUGUCCAUCGAUGCCAGAUUUAGAGAGUCUUUCCAUUGCCGACAUCGAUCCCCGACAAGGGGUUGUGGACGAUACACCGGCCGAGAUUGCUCACCCCACAGAAGAAGUAAAGGGUUCCACAACCACAGCGAGAGGAGAGGAAAAUCUGAAGGCAAACCUUUUCGAGGCAGUCUUGAAAAUGCGAGUGUACAUGCAAGAUCCCCAGACCAACUUUCUUGAAGGGGGACCUUUGCGUGCUCUUUCAACGCUUGCAUACUCGAGUAGUCGAGAUUUUCAAAGGAUGGCAGCGACUAUGUUUGCGGGAAAGGCUGUUCAAGGCGGCGGAUACGUGGGUCCGGACGUGUUGAAACCAAUUGUCGGCUGCUUGCUUCGAUCUGAGUUCACCGAUGUCCACGAACCUGCCUUGUACGCGUUAGCCAAGAUCACUUACGAAGACGAACGAAACGUCCUUUUAGCAGUUGGCCUUGGAGCACUGGAACGACUCGCGCGCCUCGUACAGUCGCCCGACGUUGAUGUGCAUUGGAUAGCUUCGAGCUGCAUCGCUCAGAUUACAGUAUAUGACGAUAACAGAUUGAAGGCCGCUAGAUCGGGUGCGAUUGUACCUUUGAUGCGCUUGGCUAAAUCAAGCGACCCGAGGGCUCAAAAGAACGCGGUAUGGGCACUUGCGAACUUGACCGGUUCGGAUGAGAGCAUGCAAGAAUUGGUCAAAGCUGGCGGUAUGCCUGUGCUAGUCAGGCUAUUGAGCUCCAGUAAUAGCGUUGUUCAAGAGUGCUGCACUAUAGCUCUCAAAAAUCUUACAGCAGAAAGCGUGAACAGGAAUAUCCUUCUGCAAACGGCUCCCGGGCUUGUUCGCACCCUAGUCGGACUCUUGGAUUCAAUUGAGAAAAUCCAGACCAAAGCUGCCUGCGUCCUAGCAAAUAUGGCCCGUGAUGAGACGUACAGACUCGAAAUUGCCCGUCUCAGAGCCCUUCCGCCUCUUCUCCGCAUGUCGAGGUCGGAUUCGGAGCUUCAGAUUUUGUCCUCUGUGGCCUGUCUCACUAUACUUGCUGACUAUCCAUCGAAUGAUUCGUUUAUUGUUCAAUCCGGAUUCCUUGAACUCUUGAUUGCGCUUUUAACGAAGAAAAGCGAGAAAGUUCAGCAUAUCACCAUGAUGGCUCUUCACGCCUUGAUUCAGAGAGAGGAGAAUCGGAAGGCAAUUUUCAAAGCAGGGCUAGUAGAGCGCAUUUGCAACGUGGCGCUCGACGUCUGCGCGGAAUCGCAGGCUGGCAUGGCUGUAUGUAUUAAUGUAUUAGCUGAAGAUGAUGGCCUUCGACCGAAGCUACUUCAACUAGGGGUGCUCGAUGUCUUACUUCGCCUCUCGUGUUCCCCACACGAAGAAGUAAAGCUCAUGAGCAUGGGAGCGAUUCGAAACCUUCAUUUGGACAUCCAGGACUCUGAACGCUUUAUCCAGGUCUGGAGUGCGCCCACCGAUGGUCUUCAGGGGUUUUAUACUCGCUUGCUUCAAAGUGGCGACAGACAAUAUGAAUUCCUCGCCCUCUUUACACUGUGUGAGCUGCUUAGAGGGGGCAACAUUCGGCUGAGGCAACUGAUCGCCAGCUCAACUACGAUUUCGACAGCAAUCAAGAAGUUGAUCCAGAAAUGCACUAUAUUCUUAUUCCUACAGAGCCAGGGGCAGAUCGAUGAGAUCGACGAGACCAAUGACAUUACUGGUCGCAACCUGAUGAUGUUGACGAUGGCAAAGUUUAUUGUCGAUAUGCUAGACUUGUAGCCUUAUCAACACAUCCUCUCUAAACAAAACUCUUUACGCUGUGGCGAGAAGGACGCGUCUAGCGCGAUGUUGAACAAUCAGCACGUACAGAUCUGCAAAGCGCGGUAUAAAUCUAGCUAGAGCAAUAAAUGUGGUUUUGGUUUCAACAGA